AUGGAAAGACGUAAUCAUAACAACAACGCAAACUAGCAAUAGUUUUAAGAAGAGAUUAAUUUAAGCAGUGAGGGCAAUCAUAAUCAUAACUAAGAUAGUAUGGAUGAUGCCUAGAUUGAUGAUGAUGGUUCAGAUAUGGAUGUAGGCCCAAACCUCGGAGAUGCUUUAACUAAAAAUAAUUUCUAAAAUAGAAAUGUAUUUCAAGAUAAAUAUAAGGAUAGAAGUGAUCGAAAAGCUAACAACCAUAAUCAUAACAAUAAGAAAAAUCCUGAACAACAAUAAAAUCAUGAGCAUCAAUAACCAUUAGAAAAUAAUGGAAAUGUUUAUGAUGAGGAAGUUUAAUAGCAAUUUAUACAAAUGGAUGAGAAAAAGAAAUAAGACAUUGAAGAAAUAUUGAAGAUUGUUGGAGAUCGUGAUUAUGCAGUUGUAUCGCAAGUCUACGAUGACUUAUAGUACUUGAUCAAUGGUCAAAUAGAUGAGGAAGCGCUUCGUUAAGUAGAGUAAAAUAGAGUUCAAAACAUGAAAUCUGCAUUUCAAGGAUUUGAUGAAGACUUCAGCAGUUAGAGAUAAGAUAUAGCUGGUGUUGAUGGUUAAUAUGAUGACGAAGAAUAUGCCAGAAGGUUAAUGGAGUAGGAACUGCUGAAAUAAUAGCUGAGAGAGCAAAGAAAAAUAGAAGGAUAAAGAAGAAUAGAGGAGAGUAUAAGGAAAUAAUAAUCAAACUAAAGCAGAAAUUCCAACCCAAAUCGAAAUGGAAGUCAUGCCUAAAAUAGUCAUUAGUUAAAUGGAUAUGAAGAUCACAUCUUUGAUCCAGAUUAAAUGAUUCAAUCCAGCCAAAUUAAUGGUUAGAGAAAUUCAAAGCCAGCAAGCCAAAUGAAUUAGCAAUAAAAAAAUGGCAAAAGUAUAUAAAAACAGGAUAAUAACAAAGAUAAAGCUGGUGGAGGUGGAGGAUUUUUAGGAAUUUUCGGAUGCUGUGGUUCUAAGAAGCCUAAAUAAAAUGAUAAAAGCAAAAAUGCUAAAGAUAGAGAAUAGAGAUAUAUUCAAGAGGAGUCUCUAGAUAAUAUUGAUGACAAUAGAUAGUGA